AUGAAAACUUUUGACUUUUUGAAAGACCGAUUUACUAGCGCCAAAAAGAAACUUUUUCCACUCAAUUUAUGGGGAUGUGUAGGUCAAAUGACGAUGGCCCAGUUCAAGGGAAUCAUUAUCGCUCAGUGGGUGAUCCUAGUUCAAAACUCCCUCUCCGCCGAUUUUUACACCUUGCCGAUUCUUUCCGUCAGUCUCGGCAGCGUAGUCAUUGGCUUCAUCGCUUCUGGCUUCGGAACCAGCAUUUACACGACACACAAUCAGGCCACACCGGAAACGAGCGUCAAAAGAGCAAUGUUCAAUAUCACGGAAUUGAUUUUCAUACUUGCUCUUAUUUUCAACAUCGUUCUGGAUUUCGCGAUUAUUAAUUUUGAUAUCUCUGCCACGCUCGAAACCGUCGACUUGUUUUCAGUCAGGACCGUCCAUCUGGUUUUCAAUGUGGCUCUUUUCUUUUUGGCCCUCGUCACUCUCAUCAUACAGACUUGCUGCUUCUGGAAUCAAAUCGACCGCGAAUGGAUUUUCAACAACUUGGCUGAGGCGCAGACUGUUGCGGAGGAGAAUAAGGCUGAAGAAAAUGCCGAAGCUAAGGAAGAAGAAGUUUGA